GCUGUUUGGCGUGCAAUCGUUGGUUAGUUCGCGCAAGGUCAAGUUCGGACCGAGUCAUUGCUCCACUGCAUAGCACAGCUCCCGCGCAUCUCGACGUUGGAUCCUCACGAUCCAAAAUGUUACGGAAGACGAUAUUCACAAUUUGCCUGUUUUGUGUAUCAGCACAGGCCCUCGCCAGCAGUGAUGACAAAUUCAUCAAAAAAUAUGCCAUGAUGAAGAUCUAUGAAAGCUGUUUUGGCCCUGAAGUUGUAAAACAAAUUAGAGAAGAAAUGAAAGACGCGUACGCUAAAUGUUCGUUACCGCCAUCUUUCGAAGAGACGCCGAACCCUCCCCAAAUGUCGUCUGUAUUGCUCGGGAAGUUACCGCCCGGUUUCUCCAUGGAUCCGAGCACGCAAACUAUCACUAAGCCCACAGAUGGCGCUUCCCUAAAUCAAGACAAUGAUUUAUCAAAUAUAGAUAUGAAACCACAAAAACAAACACCUAUGGCAGGAGUUUUAUCAUUCCGACCAUUGACACCAAAUUUCCAGCAACAAGCUAUCCCACAAGCGGGUAUUCCGCCGUACAUGAUGCAGAACCCUCAAUUCCGCCCCUUCAGUCCUGCUGCUUCUUUCUUCCAAACACCAUACACCACCGCACUCAAGACAGACAUACAAGACGGCUUGCAGUUCUGCCAGAAGUUCUCGCAAUGUGUACCAGAAAUCAAACGCGACGUGGCGCCGCUGUCUCAAGAACUCAUCAAACCAAUGUUCUUCUUUAGAUGCUACAAGCACAAAAAACUUGAAGCUUGCAUCAUGAAGGACAUUCGCGAAAGAUUCACAUCAGAAGAUGAAUUGGACUCUGAAAGUGAUUUCAGAUUCAUUUCCAGAUCGGCUAGAUCAGUCCGCGAUGACGCACUGCCCGACCCAAGAUUCGAAGCUCUGGACGAAAUGGCCGCUUACUUCUACGAUUAUCUGAGCGGUAGUACAGGAAUGGAUUACGAUUUGUAUUUGUAGAUUAUAAUUUUUAAUUUUAAAAUAGUGUUAAACUCGUAAAAGAAGUCCUUUUUUAACUGUGCUUCUGUUUUCGAACUGUCAAAAAAUGUUGAAACGAUAUUUUUUGUAUAAUUCACAAAAUCUUUUUUGUAAGAAGAAUUACGAGACACGUGUAAUGUCAUAGCCACAUAUAGUAGUUACAUAAUAUUUCCUAAUAUGUAAAUUAAAAAUCAAUACAAAUAGUUUAAUGCUAAUAACACUAAAUAAAAAACAUUUACGCAAAAUACAUUUUGUAAUUUAAUUAAUAUAGAUUUGCAAAGGCUGCUAAUUUUAAGAUUUUUUGCCAUUUUCUUGCACACAUAAUCAUUGCUCAAUAUUUAAUUUAAUACAUUGUCUAUUAUCAAAUGUUUUGUAACAAAGUUUAAAUGAUACUACUAAAAAAAAAGGAUAUAAUUUAUGUAUUAAGUAUUGGAGAAUCUUUUAAUCGUAGUUUUUAGAAUGUACUAGAAAAUAAGUAUCAGAAUAAUACUAUAGUUUUAACUUAAAGUAUUCUUGCAGCAUUAUUAUACCAAUCUUUUCAAUCUUUAUAAUACGAGUAUAAUUAUAACCUCAAAAAGAAAACUUUAAUUUGUAUUUUUUUGCUAACAAGAAAAGAAAUAGAGCAGUUAAAAAUUUAGUAAACGAAUAAAAAAUAUUUUAAUAAUGUUAUAACUAAUUAAUAAACAUAAAUGUAGGUAUAAUAAACUGCAAGAAUUAGUUUUCGUCCAUUAAGCUUGCAUAAGCCGAAGCUUUCUCGACGACAACUUUAAUCAACUUUAUUCAAAUAAAGACCUUAAACUGAUUAGUAUAAAGGUGAAAUUUACCUACAGCUGAUGGAAACAUUAUUUGAAUGGAGUAUCUGUUAGGUUUCAAUGCAUUUUUAGUUAUAAUUCUCCAAUGUCAAUUACGAAGUAAGAUUUUUCAUUGAUUGGAAAAGAAAUAAAUGUAAUAAUUUUU